AUGACCUCCGCUGCGGUCCUGCGUGGCGUCCGUCUCCUCCAUUCCUUCUCCGUCGUGUUUCUCUACUGGUUCUACGCCGUCUCAUGA